CUGGCUCAGUGCAGCGGCAGCAGCGGGGGAAGAUGGCGGCGGCUGUUCCGCAGCGUGCUUGGACCGUGGAGCAGCUGCGCAGCGAGCAGCUGCCCAAGAAGGACAUUAUCAAGUUUCUGCAGGAUCACGGUUCAGAUUCGUUUCUUGCAGAGCAUAAAUUACUGGGAAACAUAAAAAACGUAGCUAAGACUGCUAAUAAGGACCAUUUGGUUUCUGCCUAUAACCAUCUGUUUGAAACUAAGCGUUUCAAAGGUACUGAAACUAUCAGUAAAGUGUCUGAACAGGUGAAAAACGUGAAGCUUAAUGACGAUAAACCCAAAGAAUCCAAGUCUGAAGAGACGCUUGAUGAGGGUCCACCAAAAUAUACAAAAUCUAUUCUAAAAAAGGGAGAUAAAACCAACUUUCCUAAAAAGGGAGAUGUUGUUCACUGCUGGUAUACAGGGACCCUCCCUGAUGGAACUGUUUUUGAUACUAAUAUUCAAACAAGUUCAAAGAAGAAGAAAAAUGCCAAGCCUUUAAGUUUUAAAGUUGGAGUAGGCAAGGUUAUCAGAGGAUGGGAUGAAGCGCUCUUGACUAUGAGUAAAGGAGAAAAGGCUCGACUGGAGAUUGAACCAGAAUGGGCCUAUGGAAAGAAAGGACAGGCCGAGGCCAAAAUUCCACCAAACACCAAGCUCAUUUUUGAAGUGGAAUUAGUAGAUAUUGACUGAAACCAGUACUUCAGCAAACAUAAAAACCUAAUUAGAGCUUGUUACUAUUGUAAGGGAAGAGUCAACUGGAAAACUUAAAAGCGUUUAAAGCUUGUUUACUUGAUCGCAACUUUUGAGAAAUGUAAUCCCCUGUAACUCCCUGUAAGUCUCAGAUAUUUUCCUACAGCUGUGUAAAGUAUUCAGGAGAGCUGCUUUUCCUUUUACCUCAUAAACUAAAAGCUCAAUAAAAAUGUCAUGGAUUGUCUUGACUGACUUA